AUGUCACCUCGACAGCUUAUACCGACGUUAAUUCCGGAAUGGGCACCACUAUCGAUACAGUCGUAUAUGAGAGAGGGUGAUUCGGAUAGUCCUCCAGUUACACCCACGAGCCAGACAUCUUCAUGUAGCUCUUCGUUUUCUUCACAGAAACCUACUUAUAGUACAAUUGUAGAGGAUAAUAUGGACAUAAUCUUAGAUGAAAUUCGACCAUAUGUGAAAAAAAUAACCGCUAGUGAACAAAAUAAGAAGACUAUAAAUCAAUAUACGUUAGGGGCCUCAGCUGGAAGUGGACAGUUUGGUUAUGUACGAAAGGCAUAUAGCUCUACUUUAGGUGAGGUAGUUGCUGUCAAGAUCAUACCAAAAAAGCCCUGGAAUGCCCAGCAAUUUUCAGUAAAUCAAGUCAUGAGGCAGAUACAGCUUUGGAAAAGCAAAGGUAAAAUUACGAAAAAUAUGAGUGGUAAUGAGGCGAUGAGACUCAUGAAUAUUGAAAAAUGUAGGUGGGAAAUAUAUGUCGCCUCAAGGCUUCGAGAUAGUGCUCAUAUUGUGCAAUUAAUUGAAUGCUUGGAUUCUCCUUUUAGUGAGUCGAUUUGGAUAGUUACGAAGUGGUGUAACCUUGGAGAAUUACAGUGGAGACGUGAAAACAAUGAAGAUAUUUUGCCCCAAUGGAAAAAACUUCUAACUUCAGAUUGUACUGUUUCUAAAUUUGCCGAGAAAAUUAUGGAGGAUAUGACAAAAGGACUUCAAUAUUUAUAUUCUCAAGGCUGUGUUCAUCGUGAUAUCAAACCAUCUAAUAUUUUAUUGGAUGAAAAUGAAAAAGUUGCAAAACUUUCUGACUUUGGAAGUUGUAUUUUUACUCCUCAAUCAUUACCUUUCACCGAUGUGAAUUUUGCGGACUGCUUCCAAAGAGAGCUAAACAAGAUUGUUGGUACUCCAGCAUUUAUCGCACCAGAGCUAUGCCAUUUGGGCAAUUCCAAGAGGGAUUUUGUGACGGAUGGCUUCAAAUUGGAUAUUUGGUCAUUGGGGGUCACACUUUAUUGCUUAUUACACAACGAGCUACCAUUCUCCGGAGAUAACGAAUUCGAAACUUACCACAAGAUUAUGGAACUAUCGUUGAGCUCCAAAAUAAACGGUAACACUUUGAACGAUUUCGUCAUUAAGAGACUUUUAGAGAAGGACGUUAAUCUGCGUAUAGAUAUUCAAAAUUUGGCAAAGAUUUUAUUGUGUGAUCAGGCAGAGCAUUCUAAAAAUUCCAAGCAACCUCUUUCCUCCAAUAUGAUACACAUACGAAACGAAGGUCCUGUAAGAAGAUUUUUUGAUAGAUUACUGACUAAAAAAGGCAAGAAAAAACACACAGAAAAAGUGAAGGACAACACAUUCGGAUCUAUAAACAUUAACUCAGCAGUCUCGUCACAUACUGAUGAGGAUCUAGAUAAAGAAGCUUUCGCCACAACAGUUCUCAGGUCUUCGCCUGACUCGAGCGAUUAUUGUUCAUCAUUAGAGGAGGAAGCGGUUCAAGUUACCGACUUUCUAGAUACCUUUUGCAGGUCAAGUGAAAGCUUACAUAAUAUGAAUUUGAACAAUUAUAAGCAAAACACAGAAGUGAGGACUGAAAAAAGCGAUUCAUCUUCUCAUUCGUCAUUGAAGAUCCCAACCCCUAUCAAAGCCGUAAUAAGGCUAAAAGACUCUCCCAAAAAGAAUCAGAACAAGGGGCACACUAACAGCUCGCCGAACAAGCUGAGUUUUUCAUUAACAAAUGGGAGUAAGGAAAGGCAUACAGUUAAUAGCGUAGGGCCCAGGAAGCUCGCACAUUCAGGGAAUAUUCUGAACUUCAAAGCAUACAUAAAUCCAGCUAAAAGCGAUACUCGAGAAACAGUAGAAGAUGUAAAGACGUAUCUAAACUUUGCAGAGGACGGAUGA